CUCCCUCUCCUCUCCGGCUGCUCUCUCUCCUCUCCCGGCUGUUCUCACCUCCUCUCCCGGCUGUUCUCACCUCCUCUCCAGGCUGCUCCUCUCUCCUCUCCCGGCUGUUCUCACCUCCUCCCCCGGCUGGAAGUGGACCGGUACCUGGGCUGAAGAUGAGCCGGUGGUCGGUGUGCUGCUGCCUGCUGAGUCUGGUUCUGAUGAGCCGGGCUCUGGAGCAGGAGGAGCUGCUCCUGUUCGGAGCUGCAGCCGGAGACCAGGAGCUGCCGCCGGGAUCCGACUCCACCGCAGAGCUGCGUCCGGACGGAGAAGUUCUGUUCUUCAAGAAAAGUUACAGUCAGGAUCUUUAUAUUAACACCAAUGGAUUUGUGUCGCUCGUCGCCCCUCCAGCUGAGAGCGUGUACCUGGGGAAGAUGCCCGCCAGUUUUCCAAUGAUUGCCGCUCUGCUGGGAGACCUGGACAACAGUGACGGACAAGGGACAGUCUUCUACCGGCAGGACAGAAGCCCGGAGGUACUGAGUCGAGCCGCUGAGCACAUCAAACAAGCUUUCCCCAGAGAAGAAGGAGUCGAGCCCCUCAACGUCCUCGUCGUCACCUGGGUGGACAUGGCUGCUCGGGGGACUUCCGGUCGAGGAGACGGAUUGGACGCUAAGAGGAACACGUUCCAGCUGGUUGUGGCCUCCACGAAGUCCUCCUCCUAUGCCAUCCUCUUAUAUCCGACAGACGGCCUGCAGUUCCUCUCCACGUCUGUUGGGGGUGAGAAUAAGCUCCUCGAGGCCGGCUUCAAUGAAGGCAUGGUGCAGGGCUGGUUCCAGAACAACCAGGGGACGUACUACCAAACCACGACAGAUGAAGAGGCCUCCAUCAGGGAACUUACUGAAAAGACAAACUCAGGACGCAAAGGAGUUUGGGUGUAUGAGAUUGGUCCUUCGCGGUUCUUUGUCACCAUCAUACCAGGAAUGGUCACUGGUCUUCCUGAGGAGAAAGGGACAACUGAACCUCCUGUGACGGUGUUGCCAAGACAACCCGAUGAGCAACAGGAGGAGGACUUUUCAACCUACACAACCCAGACGACGAUGUCCACUGAAGCAGCAACAGAAGAAAAGGAGGAGUUCCACACCGAUAGUACCGCUGCGUAUCAAACUGGUUACACAGAGACCGUCACACCAGGGUUUGUCAAACCAGAUAAUGAAGAGGAAUUUCCAGAAUCCGAGACUGUCACAUACAACAGUCCUGAAAGGGUUCAUCCACGUUACCCAGACCAUCCUGAACCAGUCCAACCACGAUACAUCAGUCCUGAACCAGUCCAACCAGGGCCCCCCCAUUCCCAGCCCCAACACCCCCAGAUUGUUGUGGUGGAUGAGGACGAAGAUCUGGAUGUAGAUGUAUUUGCCUACAAUCUGGAGACCUGUGCUCACAACAGGCACAGAUGCUCUAGUUUUGCGGAUUGUCGGGAUUACAGUAACGGGUACUGCUGCCACUGCAGGCCGGGUUUCUACGGUAACGGGAAGGACUGCGUCGCAGAAGGUAAACCGCAGAGAAUGAAUGGAAAGGUCAAUGGUCGAGUGUUUGUUGGGAACUCGCCUUCACCUGUGGAGUUCAGUAACAACGACUUGCACUCAUACGUGGUGGCCAAUGACGGACGGGCCUACGUGGCCAUCAGCAACAUCCCCACAAGCAUGGGGCCCUCCCUGCAACCGCUGUCCUCCCUGGGAGGAGUCAUCGGCUGGGCCUUCGCCCUGGAGCAGCCUGGCUACCACAAUGGCUUCAGUCUAAUUGGUGGCGUUUUUUCCCGACAGGCUGAGGUGAUCUUCCAGCCUGGAAACGAGCGUUUGAACAUCAAGCAGCAGUUUAAAGGCAUCGACGCACACGACCACCUGGUGGUGAGCACAGAGCUGGAGGGACGUCUACCCCCCAUCCCGCUGGGAUCCUCUGUUCAGAUCAACCCGUACCAAGAGAUCUACCAGUACGACAGAAACUUGAUCACUUCCUCCUCAAACCGCGACUACGCCAUUACGUCCCCUGACGGCACUGUCCAGACUAGAAGCUACCAGUGGCGUCAGACCAUCACCUUCCAGAGCUGCCCUCACAACGAGGGAACCAGGGCGGCACCUUCCACCCAGCAGCUCAGCGUUGACCAGAUCUUCGUGAUGUUUGAUGCCGACAACAAUCUGACCCGCUACGCCAUGAGCAACAAGAUCGGCUCCGUCCACAGCAGUCUUCCGGAGCAGAAUCCAUGUUUCACCGGCCGACACGGCUGCGACAUCAACGCUGUGUGCAGACCGGGCGAAGGCCUCCGGUUCACUUGUGAAUGUGCUGCCGGCUUCACUGGAGACGGACGCUACUGCCACGAUAUUGACGAGUGCAGGGAGACGUCCUGGAUCUGUGGGUCCAGCUCCGUCUGCAGUAACCAGCCCGGAACCUUCCGCUGUGAGUGUUUGACCGGAUUCAUGUUCGCCAGCGAUGGAAAGACCUGCAUCGAGGAGAAUCGUCCGGUGGAUCAUUGUCAGACAGGAAGUCAUGACUGCGAUGUUUCUGACCGAGCUCUGUGCAGCUACACCGGAGGUUCGUCGUACGUGUGCUCGUGUCUCCCGGGCUUCGAGGGCGACGGCCGCUCGUGUCAAGACGUGGACGAUUGUCGGCUGGAUCGUUGCCACGGUGACGCCUUGUGCUCCAACACGCCGGGCUCCUACACCUGCCAGUGCCGCCCUGGUUUCCAUGGUGAUGGAUACCAAUGCAGGCCCACAUCCGCAGAGCGAGAGAAGACGCAGUGCGAGCAUCAGAGAGAAAGCGCUCAGGCCGCCGCCUCCUCCUCCAGCUUCUUCUCCUUCUUCCGUCCUCGACCGGCCGUCGGUCAGUACGUGGCACAGUGUGAUGAGCACGGAGCCUUCGAGCCGUCGCAAUGUCACGCCAGCAUCAGACAGUGUUGGUGUGUGGACGCCACGGGUCAGGAGAUCCCCAACACCCGGACCGGAGCCAGCAACGCUCCUCUGUGUAUUAACCACGCAGUGACUCCUCCCCCUCUGGGUCCGACGCCGCGGCCUGACGUACAGCCCGUCGCUCCGGGGACACACCUGCUGUUCGCUCAGAGCGGGAGAAUCGAACUUCUUCCUCUGGACGGAUACAACAUGAAGAGAGAGGACGCCAAACCUCUGCUGCACGUCCCUGACCGGGUGGUGAUCGCCAUCGCCUACGACUGUGUGGACAAGAUGGUUUAUUGGACAGACAUCACGGGGCCGGCAAUCAGCCGGGCCAGUCUGAGCGGCGGAGACGUCACCCCAGUGGUCACCGCAGAGCUGCAGAGUCCUGAGGGCGUGGCCGUCGACCACGUGUCCCGCCUCCUCUUCUGGACGGACUCCAUGAGAGACACGGUGGAGGUGUCACAGCUGGACGGCAGCCAGAGACGAGUCCUGUUCGAUUCCGACCUCGUCAACCCCCGAGCCAUCGUCACCAACCCACCGUACGGGCGUCUCUACUGGGCCGACUGGGACAGAGACGGACCUAAAAUCGAGAUGUCCAACAUGGACGGGACGGAGCGCAGCGUCCUGGUGAAAGACGACCUGGGACUUCCCAACGGUUUGACCUUUGACCUGGAUACCCAGCAGCUGUGUUGGGCCGACGCUGGGACUCAUAAGGUCGAGUGUAUGGAUCCUCAUCGACGAAUCAGGAGACAGAUCGUCGACAGGAUUCAGUUUCCAUUCUCUCUGGUGUCGUUAGGACGGAGACUUUACUACACUGACUGGAGGAGAGAGGCCGUGGUCGCCGUCGAUCGUCACUCGGAGACAGAGACUGAAGAGUUUCUGCCACAGAGACGCUCGCGCCUGUACGGCAUCACCACGACAACCACACAGUGUCCACAAGUUUAUAAUUACUGCAUCAACAACGGUGGCUGCUCUCACCUGUGUCUGCCGCGACUUGGCGGCUUCACCUGCCGCUGCCCGGACGCCGCCGCCGGCCGAUGUGAGGACAGGAAGUCGUGAGUUCAGCCGAGAGACGGGAAGAAAAAACAACGCUGUCACUGAAUUUGGGUGUUUUUGAAUUUUCUAACUUGAAAUGAACAUUUUAUUGUUUUGCUUUUUGGUCCCAAAAAACUGUUCAGACCUCACUGUCACUAUGAUGUCACACUGUUCGUUGUGAUGUCACACUGUUCACUGUGAUGUCACACUCUUUUCUAUGAUGUCACUCUGAUGUCACUCUUUUCUAUGAUGUCACUAUGAUGUCACACGUCAGGUAAGAUCAUUUCUCGUCCUGUUCAAGUUGAAUUCAGAUUUAGUUCCUGAUCUUUUUGUCGUUUGAAUCUGACAAAACAUUUUGACCAGAUGACGAUUUUAUGAAAAUGAAAAAACAAUUUUUAAAUAAUAUUUUGUUGUAAAACUCUUGAUUCUGACGACGUUUGUAAGAAUCACAUAAACGUUUCUGAUCAUUAAAAACACGUUAAAACAGAA